CUCUUAAAGACAAGAUCGAGCUGGCCUUAUGAACUCUCUCAAGAACAAGCUAAUGGCUGGUCAGCGUUCUGAUGUUCUCGAGAGUCUGACUCCUCAAGUGAGAAACCGUGUUGAAGCCUUGAGGGACAUACAGGGAAAGCAUGAUGAGCUUGAUGCAGAGUUCCGUGAGGAGAGAGCUGUUCUUGAAACCAAGUAUGAUAAGUUGUAUCAGCCUUUGUAUACCAAGAAGAAACAGGUCAAGGAUCCGGAGCUUGGUGAAGAGGAGUUGAAGAAGUUCCAAGAGGUAACUUGAUCAAAUAAGAAAGUUUCUCCCGAAGAUGAAGAUAACCCAAACCCGAGUCAGUCCAACGCCACUACCUUGAGUCGAAGGUCACAUCUAUGGUGGUGAUUUGUUACCUGGUUAAGGAGAUGCCCUAGAACAGUAUGUCCGGUAAGGUAAAUGUAUCCAAUGUAGAGAAAUAUUAGGUCUUAACUCUGACGAGAUUCAGAAGGUUGAGGGUCUUGGUUAUGUGAUGUGGAAGUAGGCAUGAAAGGAUGAAUGAUAAUUGCAUCAUAAAGAAAAACCAGGUUUAAAGUGCUGAAGAGGUUCAGAAAUUUGAGGAUCUUGGUUAUGUGAUAUAGAAGGUCAACGAUUGUUUGAAUCCGGCAUUGGCCCUGUUUAACUAUGAGGAGAGGGUAUGGUUAUGUAUGAUCUGUAGCGGUUUGUGCAACUCUAUAUGGGAGAAGACCCCAACUAUGAUCCUUCUGGUGAUGUACAGACUGAUGGAGCAGAUGACUGAUUUGAUUUCUUAUGUUGAUUGUGUGGGACUGUAGGUACUUAUUGUUAUUGUUUGUUUGCUACUUACCCGUUAACUAGAUGCAUAAUUUAUGUGUAGAUAUAUUGCAUGUG